AGAAACGAUGAAGAGGAGGGGGGGCUGUUGGAAAUCGGGGGAGAAGGGCUGGCCGUUUUUGUUCCACUGGAGAAUCCUGCUUGAACGGUGAGCAGGAAUACAACAGACUACAACACCAAACAGCGCCGCGGGCAUUUCUAGCAGUCGAUCCGAAUCAAGACCUUUUCCUAAGGGUAGACUUGGAGAGUGGAAGGCGAUUUUAAGAGCCCUUGCCUGAGCACAGCUUGGGGAGACCAGCAAGAGAGCUAUUGUCGUUAGCUACAACUCUGCGGGUCUGGGGUUCCAGCAGGGGCAGGGGGCGGGGGGUUACCGAGGAAGGAAAAGCCUGCACGCCGAGAGGAGGCUGGAAGUCUGAAACGCUUCCAGCCUGACGCGGCCGGCGUUGUGGCGAUAUAGCUUUGGAUUGUGUAUUGGACAAUCGCGGCUACGUGGAUGGGAUGGAGCCGGGACCAUCUGGCGCUGUGCCCAUGGGGCCUUACCCCCCUCCCCUCCAGCAGGUGUUCCAGGCCCCGCGCCGUCCGGGGUUUGGCACCGUGGGCAAACCCAUCAAACUCCUGGCCAACUACUUUGAGGUGGAGAUCCCCAAGAUGGACGUCUUCCACUACGAGGUGGACAUCAAGCCCGACAAGUGCCCCCGACGAGUCAACAGGGAGGUAGUGGAGUACAUGGUGCAGCACUUCAAGCCUCAGCUGUUUGGCGACAGGAAGCCGGUGUAUGAUGGCAAGAAGAACAUCUACACGGUGCUGGCUCUGCCAAUUGGGAGCGAGAAGGUGGACUUUGAAGUGACCAUCCCGGGCGAGGGCAAGGACCGCAUCUUUAAGGUGUCCAUUCGCUUUCUGGCCAAAGUGUCAUGGCGGUUGCUGCAGGAGACGCUGGUGAGCGGGCGGAUGCAGGUGCCCCUGGACUCGGUGCAGGCGCUGGACGUGGCCAUGAGACACCUGGCCUCCAUGAGGUACACCCCUGUGGGGCGCUCCUUCUUCUCUCCCCCGGAGGGCUACUACCACCCCCUGGGCGGAGGCCGGGAGGUGUGGUUCGGCUUCCAUCAGUCUGUCAGGCCUGCCAUGUGGAAGAUGAUGCUCAAUAUAGAUGUGUCUGCCACGGCCUUCUACAAAGCACAGCCAGUGAUUGAGUUCAUGUGUGAGGUCCUGGACAUCCGCAACAUCGACGAGCAGCCCAAAACCCUUACCGACUCCCAGAGGGUGCGCUUCACCAAGGAGAUCAAAGGUGGGCCUCUCACGACCCUCAAAGGUCUGAAGGUAGAGGUGACGCACUGUGGUCAGAUGAAGAGGAAGUAUCGUGUCUGCAAUGUGACACGUCGCCCCGCCAGCCACCAGACCUUUCCUUUGCAGCUUGAGAGCGGCCAGACAGUGGAGUGUACGGUAGCACAGUAUUUCAAGCAGAAGUACAACCUGCAGCUCAAGUACCCUCACCUGCCCUGCCUGCAGGUGGGACAGGAGCAGAAGCACACCUACCUGCCCCUGGAGGUUUGUAACAUAGUAGCGGGUCAGCGCUGCAUCAAGAAACUGACGGAUAAUCAGACCUCCACCAUGAUCAAAGCCACGGCGCGCUCCGCACCGGACAGACAAGAGGAGAUCAGCAGGCUGAUGAAGAACGCCAACUUCAACCUGGACCCCUACAUUCAAGAGUUUGGCAUCAAGGUGAAGGACGACAUGUCUGAAGUGACGGGGAGAGUGUUGCCCGCUCCCAUCCUGCAGUACGGCGGCCGGAACCGAGCGAUCGCCACUCCCAACCAGGGCGUGUGGGACAUGAGGGGGAAGCAGUUCUACAACGGCAUCGAGAUCAAGGUGUGGGCCAUCGCCUGCUUCGCCCCGCAGAAGCAGUGCCGCGAGGAAGUACUCAAGAACUUCACGGACCAGCUGCGCAAGAUCUCUAAGGAUGCUGGGAUGCCCAUCCAGGGCCAGCCGUGCUUCUGCAAGUACGCGCAGGGAGCUGACAGCGUGGAGCCCAUGUUCAGACACCUGAAGAACACCUACUCUGGCCUGCAGCUCAUCAUCGUCAUCCUGCCCGGCAAGACCCCAGUCUACGCUGAGGUGAAGCGGGUUGGAGACACCCUCUUAGGAAUGGCGACUCAGUGUGUGCAGGUGAAGAACGUGGUGAAGACGUCUCCUCAGACCCUCUCCAACCUCUGCCUCAAGAUCAACGUUAAGCUGGGCGGCAUCAACAACAUCCUUGUCCCACACCAACGGUCUGCAGUGUUCCAGCAGCCUGUCAUCUUCCUGGGGGCAGACGUCACACACCCACCAGCUGGGGAUGGGAAGAAGCCCUCCAUCACUGCGGUGGUGGGCAGUAUGGACGCCCACCCCAGCAGGUACUGUGCCACGGUACGGGUGCAGAGGCCCAGACAGGAGAUUAUCGAGGACCUUUCAUUCAUGGUGCGUGAGCUGCUCAUCCAGUUCUACAAGUCCACGCGCUUCAAGCCCACCCGCAUCAUCUUCUACAGGGACGGAGUUCCCGAAGGACAGCUGCCACAGAUCCUACACUACGAGCUCCUGGCCAUCAGAGAUGCCUGCAUCAAGCUGGAGAAGGACUACCAGCCGGGCAUCACCUACAUCGUGGUGCAGAAACGCCACCACACCCGCCUCUUCUGCGCCGACAAGUCAGAGAGGAUUGGGAAGAGUGGUAAUAUUCCAGCAGGCACCACGGUGGACACCAGCAUUACUCACCCCUUUGAGUUUGACUUCUACCUGUGCAGUCACGCAGGCAUUCAGGGCACGAGCCGCCCCUCUCACUACUAUGUGCUGUGGGACGACAACCGCUUCACCGCGGAUGAGCUGCAGAUCCUCACCUACCAGCUGUGCCACACCUAUGUGCGCUGCACCCGCUCCGUCUCCAUCCCCGCGCCAGCCUACUACGCCCGUCUCGUGGCCUUCCGCGCCCGCUACCACCUGGUGGACAAGGAGCACGACAGUGGGGAAGGCAGCCACGUGUCAGGUCAGAGUAACGGUCGGGACCCCCAGGCUCUGGCCAAAGCCGUGCAGAUCCACACCGACACCCUGAGGACCAUGUACUUUGCCUGAGCACACCAACAGCUCGACCUCAUAUCACUCUUCAUUAUAUCCCACCAAGUCUGGGUGCGGCAUCAGACGUUUCCUGACACACUCGAGCCCCUCCCUCCUCAGCCCACUUCCCACCUCUUGCUCGAGACGAACCUUCAAAUGCACCACACAAGCACCACAGUCUAUCGGGGGUGACCUUCAACACAGCACCUUGUCCCCAAAACUACACGAAGAAGAUGAAGACGAUGAAGAUAUCUCCGUUUGGAUUUACUUGGCAGGCCCAAUAUGCCCCUGCAAGUUCCUCUCUCUUUCUGUUGGUUCCUUUUUUUUCUUACUUUCUUUUAAAGAAGAGCAAUGGUAUUAGUGUUGUGUUCUACCUUUGCUCUUUCAUGUAUGAAAUGUAUGCAUGUAUGCAAUAUGGAGAGGAGGACUGAGUGAAGUGAAACCUAUGAAGUUUUUUUUUGUUUUGUUUUUGUUUUUUGACACCACAACACUGCCUCGAAAUUAGCUCCACGUUUCGGAGCCCAGUGUUUGUGCCCCUUUUGAACAUUACACACACACACACACACACACACACACACACACACACACACACACACACUUGAAUCAGGAGUGGGACAAAACGACUACCCUCACUCUUGUGUUUAUUUUAAUUUUUAUGAAUGACUAUUAUUACAUUUUUAUCGUUUAAAUGGGAAAAGUACGAUUUUUUUUUUCUUUUUUAAAUGGCCUUGAUGGAUGCCAUAAAUGUAAUGGUACAUUAGCACUUAGUGUUAGCUUUGUAGACUGCGUAUGCCCAGCAUCCAUGAAGUGUCUCUGUGUAUGACUUGCAUUAGUGUGACCCAUUACAGAGGUGGUGGGGGGGAAGAGGCUGUAGCAUUACUUUAGGUGCAGAGAGCACUCCUCUGAUCCUGCACUCAACGUGGGCAGAGUAAUUUGUAGCCAAACUUUGCAUAGACUUAGCUAGUGCCAGGUGAUGGCAGAAUUAGCCAAAAAAAGAAGAACCUUAAGUAAAAAGAUAGAACAGACCAAUGAGUGCUUUAAGUAUUAGGCUCAGCACACCGAACACUGAAACCAGCAUUGUAAACCAGCCAAAUGUGAUGCCAACCAUACAGAGUCCGGGGUGCAAGCGUCAUGUUAGGGGAUGCUACACCUCUCAUCUGGCUUUUUUUUUCUUUCUAUGUGGCACUUCCUGUAACUGAAUGAUCCACUUCCUCUAGAGAUGAAAUAUAUAUAUAAAUGCUCUUGUUCUUUUUUUUGUUUAGUUUAUUUGUUAAUUUAAUUUUAAUUUUAUUUUUUUGGAAUAUUUGUUAUUUUGCCUUUGCUGCCACGACCAGUAGGUCUCGAAACCAUACUGACACUUAAGACCUAGUCCUUCCUAUGCACCUGUCACAACAGUCCCCUCUCUACACUCACACCCACAGGUAACUGAAGUGAGCAAUACAAAAAAAUGCUGUUUUGAAUGUUGGCAUCCACGCUCGCGGACGCAGGCCUGUCCAUGACACAACCUAGAGAGCGGACCAGCAUAUAUCUCACCUCUCUCACAACACCCACUCAUAGUGUACAUUCCAGCACAGAGAAGGACACAUACAGAUGCAGCACUGGCUCACACACAUGUAAUGUAAUGCAAUGCAUGAACACAGACCAUGAAGCACACUUCAAAAACGAGAACUUUGUUUUGUAAAUAUUAACUUUCCGCCAUUGCUUGGCUUCAGUCAUCAGAACUCCUCACCACGCCCUGCCACUAAGUACAAACAUACAUGUGCACACACUAGAUUCCCCCUAUGCACCUUUGUUUAUUUCCCAUGUAUACCAAUGCACCGCCUUAAACACUGCCACUUCUUUCCACAAACGACACACAUUCAGCACACGAUUUUACUGGCCUCUCUCUCACCCUUCGCAUCCCCCCCCGGCCUGUUGGCUGCAGAUGCCCAUUGGUGCGCUGUGGGCGUUGGCCACACAGAAGUGAGCAUCUCCCCUCAGGCCCGUGGGGUUUCAAGCACUCAUCUCAAGGCUUUAUGAACUGCAUGUUUUUGUUAGUGGAAACCGGUGAAAGUUGACCCGUGCACCUUGUUUUUAGCAGAUCACGUCUCAAGUCCUGUAGACAAGAGCCGUGGAGCUCUGGCCUCUGCCUGUUGUAUGUUGCCUCGAUCUGAAAUUCGUUUUCUCUCUGUUUUUUUUUUUUGUAACGGUUUAAACAAUUGCACUUGUACCUUCUCUUGUUUUCUCUACAGUUGUGAGUAGUGUCAGACGUUUUCCUCAAGGGGGAGCUGUGGAAAUAUCCCUUUUGAUUUUGAAUUAUCUGCCUCAAAGCACAUCGAGGUGUCCGUUGUAUACUGAGGGUGCCCUUUGAAGUCAAAAGGGAUCAUGCAUUUUUUUUUUACAGUAAGCCAACACUUGUUUUGACUCAUGUUUAAUGGAAUAUUGUGUAAUCAAAAAUGCCUUUGUACAGUGUUGUACCAAUCCUGUAUCUCUGAGGUGAUUUGUAUUUAUAAGUUGCGAUAACUUUUGGGCUGCAUUGGCAUAGACAGAAUUCAUCAAAUGCGUAAGUGAGAACGAGGUAAGAAUUCAGUCGAGGGGGGUAAAAGGGUCUAAAUGGCGUUCAUUUACAGUGGCAUUCAGCCAUGGAAUUGCCCUCCGUUAUAACCUAGAGCCAGUGUUUUCACGUAGAAGUUGAAUAUGAUUUCAAAGAACGAUGGUUCCCCAUAGAGGAACGGUAGCCCUGUUUGCUGCAUUGUUGGGCUGAUCGCUUGCCUUGUCCGUCUGGAUGCAGUUUAUAAGGCAUGAGAGGAUAGUAUGGGGGGCAGAAGAAAUUUGGACAAACCUCCUUGGUGAUGGUCAUAGGAGCACUCACCCUUUCCAAUGCACCCAUUUCACUCUCCUCUGAAACAGGCAUUGCAUACAGGGGAAGACAGUAUAGAGGUACAUUAUCAGAGGGCGCCACAUUCACCCUCACAGAUUUAAGCAAUAUAAAAUAGCCACAGAACAAGUCCUUAUCAUAGCACUUCCCAGUAGAUUUGAAUGAAAGGACACAGAAGCAACUUAUUUUGGCUGUGUAUGUCAUAGUAAUGGGACUUUGUUGGGAGGGUUAUUUUUAAAGAAAAUAAAAAAUUGUUUUUUAUUAA